GUCUUAUGCAGGCGUUGGUGAAGAUUCUUCAGGAUUACAAUCUCCAGACAGAGUUAGAGGACGGCUGUCGGCGUGUAUUAGUGUCCGACUGCUACUCAUUGCUCCAGAAGUUGAAUCGACAGCACCGCAGGGGUGUGGCUAUCGAAGACGACUACUUGUGUCAGGGAUGUCAGCGAAAGAUAUUUGCCAGGGAGAUUAGUUACGCGAGUGAUAUAAUUGUCUUCAAUUGUCGCCAUAUUUUUCAUGAGAACUGUUUGUUGGCCACGACUGGUGAAUUCGUUUGUGUCAUAUGUAGCGCUCAACAAAAGUCUGAAUUCAGGAUUUCAUAGUCUCUUCCAUCGAUAGGAAUCGCCGAAACUCUCGUAUUUUGUAUCAUAAAAGUUACUAAAC